UCAGUACACUGCUGGAGGAGAACAUGUCUUCUCCCUAUAUAUAGAGAGUUCAUGCAUGUUGUCGGGACAGUCUUUACUCCUCCUCAAGUCAAGUCAAUGAUAAGAGAGCACUUCACGUUUAGAUUGUCCCUCACACCUGCGUUUGUCAGUCACAGCUGAAAUGAGCUGUCUGUCUGAGCGACCCGACGCUUCAUUCCCAUUGGCUGUGAGAGGAUCUGAAUCGGAGUCCCGUUGGAGAGAAAACGCAAACUCGCAAUUCCCGAAGUUGCGAAGUUAGCGAGACGGAUCGUGCGUGUGGAGAAAUUAAACGACUACGGACGGAAUAACGCGUGCCCAACUCGACUGAGGCCGUUUUAAGCACGGUGCUGUGCAGAGCCACAAGAGGGCCAUGUCUGAUAACAGCACCGGCAGCUCCGGGUCAUCCAGUAACAGCUGGACGCUUCUCUCUCCAGAGGAAGCUGCCGCCGACCCUGCAGCACCAGUGGAUGAUGGGACGGAAAGUAUUGGGGAUGCACCCAGUCUUUCAGAGGAAAUAGCAGGAAGCUCUUUGGAGGUGAGGUCACAUGACCCUGAAACUCCAAUGAUGGAGAGCGUUUUGUCAGAGGAGGGUCACCAGGUCAGUGCAUCACCACUGAUUUGCCAGGAAACAUCCCCGGAUUUCUUUGAGGAAAUGGCAGCAUCUGGCCAUGGCGAUGUUGAGCUUGAUCCUGAGAUCCAUGCUCCUGUCAUCCAUGACACCAUCACCAGUUCUCCCCCUGACAGUGACCUUCUGGGCGCUGUUCCCUUCAGCAUCACUACAGAAUCAGCCUUCCAGUUUUCAGAGGAGACGGUCCUUGACGAACCCACUGAAGAGGACGUAACUGAUAUCUUCCCCGGCCAGCCUGUUCCAGUCCAAGAAAGCCCCGCCCCGGACACAGAGCCCAGAAUCACCUCGACUCCCGAACCAUUCAGAGAAAUUAGCUCCUCGCUCGACGUCUCUGAUGUUACCGCAGAUAUAAGCCCCGCCCCUAAAACUAUUGAAUCUUCUGCAAUCCCUGUGCUUGAUAUUCAUGCUGAUGUACAUCCCACCCCUGAAACCCCGCCUCUGGCCACGCCCUCUGAGGCUGAUACAGGCUUUGGCUCCACAGCAGAAAGCCCCGCCCCUUACAGCCCUUAUCCAGAAACCAUUGGUUCUUUUGAGACUGAGGAGGAGCCUAUUUUUGAGAAAGACGAAAUAGAGCUGCCAGAUAAAUUCCCUGAUGUGAUCAGAGAGCCAGAAUCUCUUGGUGCUGAAUUCCCAGCGGGCACCUCAGCAGAAGAUGAUGGUCUGAGACUCAGACAUGUGCAACCCACCAUAGUGUUGAAGCGAAGCUCUGACGACGAGGAGGAGGAAGAAGAAGAGGAGGAGUUUAAUCUGCCAGUGAGGAAAGAGGAGAAACGAGGUUUCUCUUUGAAUCAGCUGAUAGUGGGCGCAUUGGUCCUGCUCUGUGUUGGAUCCUUCUUUUUCUCCGGUUCUGUGGUUGACCCGUCUGAUGAUGAUUUUGAUGGUUCAGAAUUAAGUGACCAGGAAGUCCUUGAUAAACUUGCUCAAGAGAAUAAACAAAUUAAUAUAUUGGAGGCUCAGAUUGAGUCACAGAAACAGGAGUUGGACCGGGCUCUGAAAAUGACAACAGAUAUGCACAGCACUGAGAAAGGAGCGCUGGAAAACGAGAACACUAAAUUGAAAGAACAACUGUCUGAACUGCCUGGUUUAAAAGACGAACUACAGACACUGAGAGCACGAGUUGCUGAGCUCGCAAAGCUUACAGUUGAAGAGCGUCCACAACAGGCCCCUGACUCCGGGUCCCCGCCUUCCACUGCUGAGUCUAGUCCAGAAGGAACUGAGAAACCCUGGGAUAAGAAAGAGGAACUCAAGCGGCAGAAAGCUCUUUUGGAGGAGAGCAGGACGAGGCUGGAGGGAAUGAAGAAACAGGGCUUGAGGGAGAGCUUGGUGGAAAUGCAGAAGAGACUCUCCAAACAGGUGGACCAGCUGGGCAAGCGGGAAGACUGGAAGAGGAAACACCAGGAGCACAAAGGAGAAAAGAAGGAAUGGGGCAGAAAGAAAGAACAUGACAGUCGCUGGAAGAAGGAUGAAGCAGGGAGCGGGAAAGAGUGGAAGCGUGGGAAGGACAAAAGGAAAGACCAUCUCAAGAAGUACAAAGAAGAGUGGGACCACAAGAAGGAUGAGAGAAGGCAGGAGAGGGAAAGAAGACAGAAGGAAAGACCUUGGGAGGCCAAACCUUCCAAGCAUCAUCAACACCAGCAUCAUCAUCAUCAUCAUCACCACAAGGAGCAGGUAGACUUCUGGAAACACCAAGAAGAGAAGCUCAGGAGGAACCGACACCCUGCCGAGGGCUGCCAUGGCGUAUCCAACUGCGCUGACGCCGAGGGGCUUGUUCCUGUGAAGCUCGUGGAGUUUCAGGACCUUCUUGAGAUCUACCUAAGCAAACUAGAGGGAAUUCCUCAGGAAAGCAAGGAGUCGCUCAGCCGCCUCACCACCCAGUUCUUCAACGGCGGCUUUUUCGCUCACGACAGAAUGCUCUUCAGCGACUUCGCCGAGGACGUCGCGGAUAUCCUGGAAGAUCUGGCAGAUGGUUUAGAAGAUGAGCAGCAUGACAAUGACAAUGAUUCCCUUGAAGAUGAGAUGGAGGAGUUUGAGAAAGAGGCACUGUUAAAGUUCGCCGCACCUUUGGCGUAAUUGGUGCCGCCCACCCUAGAAACUAAGUUGAACGGAUGGGAAAAACACUAAGUGAAAGAAAACAUAAGGAAACAAUCUUAGCUGUUACUUUCCCUGGUCUUUACGGACUGUAGAUGUAGUUUAAUGCAUUGUGUGUGAGGAUUCUCCCUUCGGAGUCUUGUUCUUAGUGAAGUCCCACCUGUGUGUUGGGUGUUUUGUUGUAAGCUACCUCCCUUGGUCCUGUUUUUCAACGCCAAACCCUUUGACUCUUGCUUGCUGUGUAAAGAAUCAGUCAUCUUAAGCAUUAAGUGUUUGCACAUGAAUGAAACUGCUUUACUUGCAGAUAGAUCAAUCACCUAGAACAUGUGGAGUUGUGAACGAAAUGAACGCUAAACUGGGAAAGUGCAAUGAAGUGCAAAAGAUUGUCCCUAUUUAGUUACCUGAGCUCCCAAAAUCGACUUAAAAACAAUAAAAUGUAGAAUGUCAGGA